CACAUACCUAUGUAUGUAUUUUCAAUUUCGCAAUUUGUAAACGUUAGCAGACGAUAUUAAAAUACAACGUUUUAAUAAAACCUACAGAGUGUACAGCAAGAGCUCAAUAAUAAUUCAAUAUAAUAUCUCGAUUGUUGUAAUGGCAGCCAGUUGUUCACAUAUGCGUCAGCGCCAAUUUUUGCGUUAUGGCGGCAGCCUGCAAGAACUACGUGAACAAUUGCAUCAGGAAAUUGAAAACAAAGCAAAAAGUUGCUCUAAUCCCACUUAUGAAUGUUCACUACCGAGAGUUGAUGGCCAUGAAUAUUGUAUGCGUCAUAUUUUGCGUGAUCCCCGUGGAAAUUUCCGGCAGUGCACCUACAUCUAUCCGAAUGGGCGUAAAUGUACAAAUGCUUUACAGAAGCAUGAUCUUAAAAAAGAUCCAGCCAUGACAACACUUUGUUUUGAGCAUAAUCGUCAAGCACAACUUCAGAAAACGCAUGCUUCUGUAGGCAAAUUAAAGCGUACAGAUACAAAUGAAGCACUAUUAAAUAGCUUAGCCCAUCAUAUUAACGUGGAGGUUAAUCAAUGGGAUCAGAUGGAUGAUGAUCAAGAUGAGGAAAUUGAUGUGGUAUCACCGCAUGUCGCACCAUUUGUCGCACACGAUCAAAUAAAUAGCCUUGACACUGCAUUAUCGGGUCUGCACAAAAAACGACGCAUUUUGGAUUACGCUUCAGACAGCUCAAGCGAUGUGGAUGACCCGCCCAGCAUUAAUAACACCGCUCGCGGAUUUGAGUUUCAGGAAUCGGACGAUGAAAGCGUUGAUUCUCAAAAUGAGGAUGUACUCAAACAUGCCGGCAUUUAUACACGAGAAGAGGCUAUACGUAUCUCAGAAGCAAAGCUAACCAAGUUGCAGGGUCUCUAUAUUGACCAAAUAAACCAUUUGCAUCAGGUACUUAAAGAACGCCGGCGGCGCUAUUUACUUGCCUUACGCAAAGAACGUGAAAUACUUUGUAGUAUUCACGACCAGCUAAAAGACUCACCGAGUGAGCGUAAACUUUAUGAUCAACUUAAGGCACUUAAUACGUACCAUCGCCGGUAUGGCGUUGAAUCACUGAUGUAUAAGAAAUUCAAAGAGAAACGUUCCCGCGCAACCGAAGGCUCUGCGUAUAGGCUACCCAGCUUUAACAAAUGUAUUUUUACUGAAGGUGGUGUGAAGUGCGGUGAACGAGCAAUGCCAUGUUGCAAAUUUUGUCGCAAGCACAUUUUGGAAGAUAAAAAACAGAUACUUUUCCGUGCCUGUGAGGUGGAAAAAAGUGGCGUUGUUUGCCAGGAGGCAAUACCGUGCAUCUUUGACGAUGCAUCUACUUGCAUUUUGCAUUUGACCAUGACAACGCGUCGCCAAUAUAUUCAGAAGAAAUACGAGUCCGAAACCGAAGAAGAGGAUGAGAUAAAACCGGAAUGUAUCGACGAUAAAGCUCCUCCGGCAGAGCUGGACAGUUCCAAAUUUGAGAGUGCCGCAGCCAUUUCGCCUGGUAGAAAUAUCACUAUCUCACAUGAUAGUAAGGACGACGUUUUAACUUCAAAGAACAGUAAAUAGUUUACUAGUGUUAGACUUCUAUAACCGAAUAAUAUUUCCACUGCUAGAACCUCGCUUAGUAAAAUGUCUGCAGUUGUUGGGGGGUAGUAAAGGUAUUAAAAAGCAUUCCAUAAUUUGUAAUGGAUUUUUAUUUAAGCUCGACUGAGCAAUUUAUGUAAUAAAGAAUAGUUUGAUUUUAAUUUU